AUGAUGGCUACACCUGCGGAUACAUAUGCCGAUGCCCAUAGGCCGCCCCCCCCCAUAGCUGAUGAUGACUCGGAUUCUGGACGUGACGUGACGCGACGCGACGAAAUUGCCAAGAUCAGUUCAUAUUGGGGGCCAACUCUGAACCAUUCAGUCAGGGGUUCCCUGAUGAUCAGUGGUCGAUGUGCGAAAUACUCGUACACAGAAAUCAUCUUAUGCUCAGAGGCCAAAUACUCCGUCGUAGCCGCUGUCAAGACCCAGAUGGCCGGCCCCACAACGGCGGCUACGGAUUUGGCCUUGAUCGCUGCCGACCCGUCGGCCGUCUGCGCCGGACUGUUGAACUGUCGUUACAAUCCCUUGGCCGUGGGACAAGUCUUCGAUGCUGCCCCCCAGCUCUGCCAGUGCAUUGGUCCAUGGCGUCGAAACGACGGCGUCAACUGCGGGGGAUAUCGCCACGGUGCCUCUGCCACUCCGCCCGGUGCGGCCCAGGCAGCCCAAGCCUAUCCUUCACCUCCUCAGCAGCAGUACUACGCGUCCCCUCCUCCAGCAUCCUCGACCCCUCCGAAUCAGGCUCAGUUCUACCAUCCCCCGCCAUCUCAAAGCACACCCUCCCCCAGCUACCCUCCGCCUCCUCAGCAGCAUCAGUCUACCCCGUCCCAGUCGUCAGCUACCUAUUACCCUCCUCCUCCUCCGUCCUCGCAACCGGCGUCCCCGCCUCCUCAGCAGUACUCCGCCCCGCCUCAGCACACCCCGUCGCCAUCUCUGCAGUACUCCGGCCAGGCUCAGCAGUACCCUUCCCCGCCUCACACGUCGUCGCCUCCUCCGGCGCAGCAGCAUGCCCAUCACCAGCAGCGGCCUUCCCAGUCCAGCAUCCCGCUGCGUACUGCGUCCGCAGGUAUCGAGCAGCAGCCGCAGCAGACCCCGCCGCCUCAGUUUGACGCGCCGCCGCCGUCGUUCCCCCCGACCGAGUCCGGCUACCCGGACGAGAAGCAGCAGCUGAAGCUGAAGCAGCAGGAGGAGGAGCGGCAGCAGGCGGCGGCGGCGGCGGCGGCGAGCAGCAGCAGCAGCAGCAAUAACGCUACGCAUCAGACGUCCUUUACCGAGGCCACCCAGGGGGCACCCCCAAAGUUCAUCUCGGGUGCCCCCCCCGCGGAGCUGUUCCAGGGUGCCACGGCUACCACGUCCGACGACGUGGGAACCUUCAAUGGCGGCAGCUACCGCAUCAGCCACCGCGACUGCAACACCAUCCUGACCAUCCAGCUGGCCGUCGGAUGCCCGGUGCACGCCAAGCCGGGCGCCAUGUUCGCCAUGUCGCCCACCAUCAUCUCCAAGGGCUCGGUCAAGCUUAGCGUGAAGAAGCUCAUUGCCGGCGCGGACGUCGGCACGUCGACCUUCACCGGACCGGGGGAGCUCCUCCUCGCGCCCCACAUGCUCGGAGACAUCUCCACCUUGCGCCUCUACGGCAACGAGACCUGGUCCGUCGGCCACGACGCCUACCUUGCUUCCACCCAGGCUGUCGUCAAGGACUACAAGCGCCAGGGGCUGGGAAAAGCUAUGUUCAGCGGAGAGGGGCUCUGGGUCAACAAGAUCAGCGGCAAGGGCUUGCUGUGGAUGUGCAGCUUCGGUGCCAUCAUCCGCAAAGAUCUCAUCGAGGGCGAAAAGUACCUCGUUGACAACGGCCACCUCGUCGCCUGGAACUGCAAGUACGUCCUCGAACGCGUGUCCUCUGGUGGCAUCAUCUCUGGCUUCGCCGCCAGCGAAGGCCUGGUCUGCAAAUUCACCGGCCCGGGAAUCGUCUAUAUCCAGAGCCGGAACGCGAAAGCGUUCAGUGCCUACAUGCAAGGACAGGCGUACCAGGGUUAG